UUCAUUGCAUGCUGCCUGAUUUCCGUUUCAUGCAUGGGCAGUAACAUUAAUUGUCGUUUCAAACGAGGAUGCAACGCCAACCAAUGCGAUCCCUCACCAUGGAAUCAACCCGGUUUCAGUCUUGAAGAAUAUUUGGAACGGAAGGCGUUUCCUAUAACUUGUGAAACAGGAGUUUAUGACGAUGUUUUAAAUCUCCAUGCUGCUGUUUCUGAUAAUCGUCAACUAGUGGAAGCUCUCGAAAAUGAAAUGGAGCAAAAAAUAGCAGAAACAAAUAGAAAAAUUGCCAACAUCAAUAAACAACUGGAAUCCAAUGAUAAAGCGAAUUGCCCGCUUCGUUAUCUGAAUCACUGCUUUUACGUAUACUUAUUAAAACAAAGCAUUGAUUUGAAGAAAGCAAAAUUAUUUUGCGCUUCCAGAGGAGCAAAAGCAGCGAAUGUCUAUUCAGAAACUCAUCUUUCUACUUUGAUGAAAAAAAUUCGACUAUAUGUAUCAACACGCUCGGUGUAUAUGUGGACAGGAAUGAAAGCAGAUUCAAAAACUGGCGUUGUGAUGUUACGCGAUGGUACACCGGCACCAUAUGUGAGGUGGGCCAAAACUAAGUAUCCGGAUGCAGGAGAAACUGGUGUCUUCAUCCUUGUAAACAGCGAUUCAUCUGCAAAAGAUCAAGGAAUGGGAACUGAUCCACCAACUUGGGCAUUGGAUGGCAUAAUUUGUGAAAUAUAAUAAGAUUUUGUUCACUCCUCAAUACAGUGACUGGCUUUAUUUUCAGCAAAUGUUGUUUAAUAACAUAAAAAUUGUGCAAUAAAUUCACAUUUACCUUACAAUGCGCUUUGCAAAUGCACACACAAUACUUUCCCCCGCGGGAAUCCAG